AUGCCUGCCCCUCUACUGGAAGCUGACCCAGCGGUCGCGUUCGACGCUGAGCAAGAGGUCUUUGCCGAACCUGAAGUUCUGGUCGACGACACCCCCGCCCGGCCGUAUACUGUCUUUCACGAGCAUGUUGCGCUAGACAUCGACCUUCACGGCAAAUCCAUCAAAGGCCACGUCGACAUCUUCAUUAGCAGCAAAGAAGCACUGAAAGAGGUCUUCAUCGAUGCCAGACAGUGCGAUAUCGACGUGCGCAACAUCACUGUGGGCUACGCUCGCGCCCACGCAACAUAUAAUGAUCCAUAUGAAAAAGUUGAUACGCCAGAGGGCUACCUGUGGUCAGCGGGGCAGUGGCCCCUACGCAAGCAGCGCAUCCAGCCUCUGAUGCAUCGCCACCGCAAGAACGAGUCUUCAGCCAUACAGUAUGAGGAUGAGCUUAAUUGUCACACCCUUGAUGGUUCUAUCAAGAUCGCCAUCCCGCCAAUCAAGGACAUACAGACCAGCAUGGCAAAGCAGCGAGAGUCGCGGGCCAGUACACAGGGCCAUGAAGUCCUUGACCAGUGGGUUGACCAAUACGACAAGAUGGUUGAACAAAACAUGAAUCAGCUCUACAAGAUCACCAUACCUUUUGCACUCAAGAACAUUCGUGAUGGUUUGCAUUUUGUUGGUAUCGAGGAAGGUGAUACUCGAUACCCUCAUGUAUACACGCGCCAUUCCGUCGAGCCAGGUCUUGCCUGCUCUAUUUUCCCGUGCAUUGACAAUCCAGGAUGCCGCUCUUCGUGGAGGGUUUCCCUUACAUUCCCCCGCACCCUGGGCGAUGCUUUUCAUCAGCGCCUGGUUACUCAACAGCAACCAGUAAAUGGUGCAACCGCCGCGAACAGCCAUAAAAAGCGCAAGCGUGGUGAAGAGGAGUCUCAGCGAUCUAGUCUUGCUCUUACGGAAGAGGACAAGAUGCUUGAGUUGACUGCAGUCUGCUCUGGAAAGUUGGAAGAUGAGGUCAUCAACCAGCGUGACGAAACCAAGAAAACCAUGGUAUUCUCAUGCAACAACAAGGCCGCACGGCACAUUGGCUUUGCCCUGGGCCCCUUCGAACAUGUUGAUUUAUGGUCGGAGUUUCGUACAGAGGAAGACGAUGAAAAGCUAGGCUCGAAUGCCACCAAAGUUCAUGGAUAUUGUCUUCCUGGACGCGCUGAGCUGGUGCGAAAUUCCUGCGCUGCUAUCGUCAACGCAAUGGAUCAUUUCGCGUUGACGUAUGGUCGCUACCCUUCCGACAAUUACAAGAUGUGCUUUGUCGAUGACAUGGUCGCGGACACUGUCCCUCUGUGCGGUUUCUCGCUCUGCAGCAACAGACUUCUUUUCCCACGGGAAAUAAUCGACUAUGAGAUUGAGGUCACACGAACCCUGGUUCAUGCGCUGGCAAGCCAGUGGUUCGGCGUCAACAUCAUCCCCAGUGAGAAAUCGGACAUAUGGCUCGUGGCUGGUAUUGCUUGGUUCAUGACCGAUCUGUAUCUCAAGUCACUUUGCGGAAACAACUGGUACAGAUAUCGAAUGAAGGACCAAGGCGAUCACUUGGUUCAGAUCGACUUCAGUCGGCCAUCUUUGGAGGAUCUGGGUAAUCAUCUGCAUCUGGGCGAUUUUGAGAUGAACUUUAUGAACCUGAAGGCCAAUCUCGUGCUUUUCAUCCUUGAUCGGCGAUUAUCCAAGUCAUCUCGAAGUGCCGGUAUUGCCAGAAUUAUUGCCAAGAUGAUUCAAAAGGCAAACACUUCAAGUCAGUCUGCUGAUGAGAUUCUUACCUCUGACAUGUUUCGCAAAGCUUGCGAGAAGCAUGGCCAAACCAGAUUGGAAGGCUUUUGGAAGCAAUGGAUCAAAUCGGCUGGAUGCCCCAGGUUUGAUGUUCAUCAGAAAUUCAACAAGAAGCAAUUAUGCGUCGAAAUCACCAUUCGGCAAAUCCAGGACAUCGCGCACGGCAAGGCAAGGCAGCUCGAAAAGGACGACUUUUGGAGGGAGGUAGUAGAAGAUAAUCAUGGUGUCUAUGCCGCGGAGCUGCAACAUUGUUUCACUGGCCCAAUGACCAUCAGGGUUCACGAGGCAGAUGGCACACCAUAUGAGCAUGGUGUCGACGUUCGAGAUGACACCGGAAAGUCUAUAAAGUUCAACAUUCCGUACAACACCAAGUACAAGCGACUCAAGCGAAGCAGACGCCAGAAGGAGCGACAAACGGCAGGGAAUGCUGCAAACGCUGGCGAGGAAGAAACAACAGACGAGCCUCUAAUCUACUGCCUCGGCGAUGUGCUUCAGGGCGACGAAGACAUCGGUCGAUGGGGGCUGGCGGACUGGGAUCCAGAGAUGGAGGCGCGCAUGGAUCAGGAAUCAUAUGAAUGGAUCCGCAUGGAUGCCGACUUUGAGUGGAUUUGCAUGAUGGUCACUAAUAUGCAGCCGUAUAUGUACGUCUCGCAAUUGCAGCAAGAUAGGGAUGUCGUUGCGCACCAGGACUCGAUGCUAUAUCUGGACCGGGAGUCGCAGAGGAGACCUCAUCCCCUGAUCUCCACGAUUCUCACGAGGACACUGGUCGAUGAGCGUUACUAUCACGACGUCCGGAUUAUGGCUGCGAGGACCCUCUCUCAGCUUGGGGUGGACAAUCUCAAGCAGAUUGGCCUUCAGCAUUUAAUCCAUGCCUUUGAUCACUUGUAUGGCAUUGGCGAAGGUCACCGACCUCGACCAAACGACUUCUCUGAUAAGUCGCAGUACCUUGUCCAAUGUGCCAUUCCCGGAUCUAUCGCCAAGAUACGAGACGCGGACGGAAACUCGCCGAAAGAAGCACGCCAUUUCAUCUUGCAGCAGUUACAAAGCAAUAACAAUGCAGAAAACGCUUAUUCUGAUCAGCUCUACAUCUGCAAACUCAUCGAGGCUCUGGCCACGUGCCUCAUUCCCGACGAGAAACGCGCCAAGAAGCAGACAAUGUCCUUUUCUUUUGGCGAUGGCGAGGAUGAAGACGCAGAGGACGAUGUGGACCCAGAACCACAGCAGUUCAAAGAGUCAGCUUUGGAGGAGAUUGACCGUGUUCGAAGAACGGAUGAGUAUUCUCCUUCAUUCGAUAACUGUUUCACCAUUGCUGCGUUGGAUGCACUCUACCGUCUGAUGAAGGCAAAGGUCAUUCCUAUUGACCCAUUGACUUUCAUGCAGUACCUGCAAGACUGGACCAUUGAGGGCGUCCGCAUCAAGGCAUUUGAGGCAUUGGUGGAGCUUCAAUUCAUGGCAAAGCCUACGUUCCUUCGAUUCUUCUUGAUCGCUAUGGCAACUGAUGGUUCACCGUAUGUCCGAGACAAGCUCUUCAAAAUAUUCUGCCGUGGCCUUGCUAGUAUCGCUACUGGAGAAUAUGAGAUAGAAGAGCAGGAUGUACCAGCCCCGAGCGAUGAUCUCGUCGUUGAGGCAGGUGCUGGUAUCAUCGAGGCAAAGCAAAAGCUCAAGGCUCGCAAGGAGAAGCUGCCGGAUGCCCGAGCUGCUCUGAAGGAUGCGACCAAGGACGAUCGGGAACUACAAAUGGCCGUUUGGAAUGCUUUGGACUCGCCUGCAUUAACCGUCGCUGAAAGGCGAAAUUUCCUCGAGCUUUGCUCAAUCUUGUUCGAAGAGGAUGACCGGCUCCUCGUCAAGUUUGAUUACCCCAAGAUAUGGACGUGCGAGAAAGCUCCCAAGGAGCGUGGCAGGUGUGUUGUAAACUUCAACCGUCAUUACCGCACCGAGUCGCGAAAGACUUUUGCCACACCCGUUAUCUCGCGCCCCGAACCACCAAAACGAACCAUCACGUUAAACUUGAACAAGGCAUCAAGCUUCAAGGAGACGACGCCAAUCGCAGUCAAACCACCAGCUGGUGUCUUCCACCAGCCCGCACAGACUACCAAGCCAGGUUUACCACCAGCAAAACCUCUCGACAAGACUACGACUCCAGUUGUAGCCAAGUCUACUUUACCCAAACCCGCAACUUUGCCAAAACCAGCCAUGUCGAAACCCUCUGUCAUUAAGCGGGCCACUUCGCCACCUCCACCCAAAGAGAUUCGGAAGGACAGCAUCGCCGUUCAAACCCCCAGACCUAGUAUUGAAGGAUCCGGUCCCGUUCCAGAGCGCAAGGUCGUGCCAGCUCCUCACGCAAAGCCACAGCAGAACCGCGAGUCGCUACUUUCAAAGGGGUUGAUACAGAAGACGCAAACAUCCAAAAUCCAGGUUUCCAAGCCUGUAAUUCCCAUGGUACCCAAGACAGCACCUCCCAAGGCUCCAACUCCAAAGGCUCUACCCCCUAAGCCUACGCUACCUCCGCUAGCCAAGACCAGCGGAGACUCCCGUCCAUCGAACCCUGUACCAUCCGCUCCCAAGUCGCUCAAGCGCUCCAAUACCGAGUCUGGGGAGGGAGAAAGACCGAGCAAGAUUGUCAAGUUGAACACAAAGGGCAUACCCAUCAGUGUGCUUAGUGCAAUCAAGAAGCGCUCCAAAUUGGUCAAGCUCCCCUUCAAGAAGUGGGAUAAGCUCAAAUUGCGAAAACCACCAUCAUCAGCGACUUCGGAAGCCGGCACUAUUCGUGCUACAGCAUCAAAGCCGCUACCAUCCCAGAGAGAGAAGGAACGGUCCAAAUCAGUCGCCAUCGGGUCGCCUGCUUCAACAGGCUCUCCGCGCAGUGCCACGCCAACUCUAGGCUCAGGCUCUCGCCCGUCUCCUCCGAUCCACAAUGUCAAGAAAUCCGCGACUCCACCCGUGUAUUCGCAGAAUUCCGGUGGCAGUAUUCUGAAAGCUCCAGUGCGAAAACCACUCCCCGGAUCAGGACCAGCCGGGAGCAGUGGUGGCGGCAGCAGCAGCAGUGGCGGCGGCGGUGGGAAUGGCCACGGAACGGGUAGCGAACGGAAACCCCUACCCAUUGGCGGACGAACUUCCCUACCUUCGGCAUUAUCCCAAACUCCAAGCAACUCAGUUACCAGCGCACCGAUACCUAAAUCUGUUCCCAAGCUCAAGAUCAUGUUGAAGAAGCCGGCUUCAAAGCCACCAGGACCAUAG